CAAUAAUUCAUUUCUCGCCGACGUACCGCCUCACUCACUCGCGCCUCUCGCAAAACCUUCUUGCAUGGCUUCGACCUCCUGAAUCUUAGGCUGGCAAUAGCAGAUGCCCGGCUCAACUCCACCAAUAGUAAGUUCGUGCGCGCGAUCUCUGGUCACCGUGACGACGCGACAUCGCCUGGAUGCACGAAACGCGUAAUUUCGGCCAACUAAAACCCCUGACCUAAUUAGUUCCUGCAUCAUUGACUGGUGCCACCUAUCCGGGAAGGGCAUUAGCAGUGGCGGCGUAAUCCGACCCGCCACGCCAGCGUCACUAGACUAACCUCUCAUCUCCCCUUCAUAGUGCUAUUAGCGCCCUUUCUUGGUAACUUCGAGCUAUGUCACAAGACAUGGCGGACAUUUGCCCCAUGUUUCGAGUACAAGAAGACCUGUCUGUUUCGCCGUUGGCAUUCACUCCGAAUGCCGCCUCUACAGACUGCGCCGCUACGCCGGCCGCUGCUCCCGCGCCCAUCGCCAUUGCCCUCCUCUCGCUGCCGGCCCAAGGAGCUGCGCCGGCCGGCAGAGGGGGGCAAAGAAAGCGACAAAGUGACACGUCAGCAGGGCCCAGCAAGCAGCAGAAGCGGGCGCGAGGGAAGAAGGGGAACGCCGCGCCGAGCGAGUCUUUGAACGAAUGGGAGUCGAUCGAGGCGAUGCAGCCAAUCGCCGCACGUUGCGGCGAAUCGAAGGUUGUGCCCGCGUACACGGGGCUCGUGUGGGAGCCGUUCGAUUGCCCCGCAAACGCUCCUGUCACGCCAAGGCCGGCAGCGGCUGCUGCCGUCCCGCAUGGCCGGCAAGGGCCGCAGGUCAGGCGGACGGCAAGCGGCGGAAAAUCCUCCCCUGCGUGCGCGGAGGGGGGACCGAAGGCGGAGGGGGCACGAAGCCCCAAGGCGCAACCCCCCGCGUCGACGAACCUCGAGGCGAGCGGACGAGCCAAUCACGGCGCGACGCGGAGGGCUGCCGGCGUCAGUGGGAAGCCUCUGGCGAGCAAAGCGCGGCGACAUUCGUUACUGCCUUCGCCAGCGCCCAUCUUUCGCCAAACUCUCUGCGAACUCUGGACUCUUCUCGACCCCACGUUCGGUCUUUCCGAGCCUGCUUCCAGCCCGGCGCAACCGACCACGUCCGGCCCGAGCCAGAGCUCCAUUCGCGCGCCGGAGAUGACUACCAGCGAGCCGCCGGCCCCUAGCGCGCAGAGUUGUUUCCCGGGGCACCCCGAGGGCGAGGCGGAUGCGCGCGUGGAUGCUUCGGCGGCGGAAGGGGAGCUCUCCGCGGACGGCGCGCGCGUCAACUGCGGGCAGACGAGUUGCGGCGAAGCAGACGCGGGAGAGGGGUGGCUGGAGACCGUGAUUGGCAGCGGGAGACGCGGAGCGUCAGCGUCAGCGACAACUGGCGGCGGCGGCGGCGGCGGUAUGACGGCGAGGGAGGUGGAGGCGCUGCACGAGGCAGUAGCCGCGGCGCACACGGCGGCGAGGGGGCUCGGCGCGACUGCGGGGAGCUUCCCCGCGGAGGGCGCGACUUCGUCCGCGCAGCAGAGCGCAGCGGGCGGGGCGACGACGCGGUCGCGCGGGUGCUUCUCGCGGCAAGGGAGCUCCAACGCGCCGCACGCCGCCACGCCCUCCAAAGGCGGCAAGGCGGCGGCAGGACGGCAUGGCGGGCAGGGGACGGGCGCGGACAGAGAUGCUGCAGGCGCGGCCCGGCGGUCAGAGGAAAAGACAGAAAACCAGCUGGCCUCUGCGUCCGGUGCUGCCUCUGCCCCUGCUGCUGCUGCUGGCGCAUCUCCCCAUCCCACCGCUCCUCCUGCAGCCGCCCCCUCGCCCCCUCCGGCUGCUCUAGCAACCCCCUCGCCCGCAUCCCCACCACCCUCUCACACUGACAACGAUACGAGGAGCAGCGGCAGCAUGCUGGCCGAUCUCUCAUUGGAGUCACCCUCGUUAGGCCCUCAGGGUCCCUCGUUUGAGUCACAACUUAAUAGAACUCCCAGCAGUAUUGGCUCUCCGAAGCUCUCGUUACAGGCACACUCCAUACAGUCAAUCUGGCCUAAGGAAAGCACGCCAGCACUUCCGUUCAUGUCACUGCUCUGUGAUGGCGCGCCAGGCUCGGACCAAGCCUCUCUUGCCUCGGGCAGCUCACCGAACCUGCUGCCGAGCCUGGAGUUGCAGGUGGUAGUACGAGUGCCGCCAGAGCUGGAGUCCAAGGAGCACCUUGAGGUGGACUGGGCUCGCCUGCCGGACCUGGACGAGAUGCCGAGCCCCUCGCCUCGGUUGCCGAACCUGGAUACGAGCCUGACACCGAGGCUGCUGCCCAACCUAGAGGAGUACCCAAGACUCGCAUUGUACAGCGAGCACAUGCCCAGCGAUGAGCUGAGGGCGACGCAGGUGCAGCAGGGCGAGGGGAAGGGGGAGGCAGCAGCAGGGGAGGGGAUGGAUGGCAGUGAUGGGGAGGAGGGCGGCAGAGGGGGGGGAGACAUGGAGAUGGGAGGCAUGCGAGGAGGCAAGGGGAGAGGAAUGGGGGUGGAGACACAAGAGGGAGUGUGUGAACUGCUAGGAGGGACGACAGAAGAGGACGGACCUGUGGUCGAUUACCCAUUGCCUGAAUGUGCCUCGGUGACUCAACCCUGCUUGGCGAUUGGCCUCUCCUGGCCCGCGCAGCCAAUCAGUGUGGAGGGGGUUGCCAGCGUGGCACCAAUGGACUUUGAGGCUGCUGCCAGCAUGGCAGCACAGGCGGAGCUCUGGCAGUCGCCACAGGCGGUGUGCGCUGACGGCAAUGAUGCCACCCGUGCUGACGUGUGUGAGAUCCGUCCACCGGGCUCUGGUCAGGGACCAUCUGAGAGUCCCGCGGUGGCUGCGCCUUGCAUGCACGGGCUGGGAGUGGCGCCGCCUGCAGCAGAGGGCUGUGGAUUGGAGGGGAGGGGGGAGGAGGAGGAGGAGGAGGAGGACGACGGAGGGGCGUGGGAGGAGUUGGAAGUGGUGGUGUGCGGUGUGAAGGGAGGGGCGGCAGGGAGUGGUGGGAGGGAGGAGGGGAGUGCGGGCGAGAGAGCGGAGAGGGACCUUGCCUCAGUGGUUAGACAGUGCACCUCUGCACGCCUCUACCCGACUCCACCCACUGCUGCUGUACCCGCUGCGCUUGUGCCUCCCCCAGCCUCCCCUGCCACCAUCCCCCACAACUCCCUGCCUGCUGCUGCUGCUGCCGCUGCUUCAAAACCUUCGGCGGGUGCUGCUGCCAUUGCCGCUGGUAUCGCUGCCGCAAGUCCUGCCACUGGCACCCACGCUGCUGCCACUGCCGCGACGACCUCACCUGCUGCUGCCAUGCCCCGUCGACAUCCCCUUGCCCCCUCUGUGCCUUCCCUCUCCUCGCGGUCCCUCCCCUCGCCCUCACUCCCUGCUGAAUCCCGCCACAGCACCUGGGCGGCAGCAUGCUGGGCGGCACAAGACCGCUCAGCCAGCAGGAGCGCGCGCUCCUCUGUGUCUGCUGGCCCCAUUGCUGCUGGGGCUGUCUCUGCUGGCGCCAUUCCGCCACACCUGCUGGCGCGUGCACUCAGCUGCAGCAGCAUCUCAGCCAGCCGCACUCUCAGCCUCAACCGCCCACUUCUUGACCGCGCUCUCAGCAGCAGGGAGCUGGGAGCAGCGCUGCCGACGCAGUCAGUGGGGCAAGACGGACACGGGCGCGUGAGAGGGCGUGUUGACAGCAGCAGCACGGGGAUGGUGAAGGAGCCCGAGGGGAUGGCGCAGCUGAUGUCCCGCGUGGCAACAGUGGAUUGGGAGGAGGUGCGGCGGCCCAUGUCCCGGGCGGCGCAGUCCAUUCAGUGCGACUGGGCGCGGCGCAGACAGAGCUCCCUCAGGCUCCGGGGCGACAUACCCCUUAUAAGCGCCCCUGAUUCGUGCUUGUCUGAUGGUAGUGUGCAGGAAGGGGUGAGCAAGGUGGGAGGUGAUAGAGUGGGGUGGGGAGGUGUUGGGGAUAGGAGGGGGAGAGGGGCCCCAGCAAUGAGUGGGUUGUCCCUGAAUGGAGUGAGUGAUGUGUCUGCUGGGGCAGGCUCGUGUGUGAAGGGCGUGUGAAGGGGUUGAGCUGCGGUGGGCUGGGUGAGGGGGCGGUGUGGGAAGUACACAGCAUGAGGCUUGUGGCACCGCACCUUUAUUUGCCUGGAUAGAAAAUCCGGGUGUUCGAAUAAACGCCGUGUAUUUCUAGACUUAACUGGUGGCUCUUUAGUCCAGGGCUGUAUCUUUAGUAUUUUACUGUAGUAUUGGGUGUCUACUAGCUGUGGACAAAUUCCUCUGUUUUACAGUGCAACCUAGAGUCUGC